AUGUAAAGAGGGAGGGGGGAGGGAGAGAGAGAGAGAGUGGAAAAGAUGGAGAGUGGGAACGGAGUUGGGCGGAUGAAGCUGGGAUCGCAGGGUCUUGAGGUGUCUGUUCAAGGGCUGGGAUGCAUGGGCAUGUCUGCCUUUUAUGGCCCACCCAAACCCGAGCCUGAUAUGAUAUCUCUCAUCCAUCACGCCGUCCGUAGUGGCGUUACCUUCCUCGACACCUCCGACAUAUACGGCCCUUUCACCAACGAACUCCUCCUCGGAAAGGCUCUUAAAGGGAUAAGGAAGGACGUUGAGCUGGCUACCAAGUUUGGGAUCAGUUUCGCUGACGGGAAUAGGGAGAUACGUGGGGAUCCUGCUUAUGUCCGGGCCUCCUGCGAAGCUAGCUUGAAAAGACUUGAUGUUGAUUGCAUUGACCUUUAUUACCAGCACCGCGUCGAUACUAGAAUUCCGAUCGAGAUUACGAUUGGAGAACUCAAGAAACUAGUUGAAGAAGGAAAGAUAAAAUACAUAGGGCUAUCUGAGGCCUCUGCUUCAACGAUCCGGAGAGCACAUGCUGUUCAUCCAAUAACUGCAGUACAGUUGGAGUGGUCUUUGUGGUCAAGAGAUGCAGAGGAAGAUAUAAUUCCUACUUGUAGAGAGCUUGGCAUAGGGAUCGUUGCAUAUAGCCCUUUGGGGAGGGGCUUCCUCUCAUUGGGGCCCAAAAUGAUUGAUAAUUUGUCAAACCAGGACUCCCGAAAGUUUAGACCGAGAUUUCAAGCUGAUAAUGUGGAGCACAAUGCCCGCAUAUUCGAGUGUAUAAAUGAAAUGGCGACGAAGAAGGGAUGCACCCCUUCACAGCUGGCAUUGGCUUGGGUCCACCACCAAGGAAAUGACGUAUGCCCGAUACCAGGCACCACCAAGAUUGAAAACCUCAACCAGAACAUCGGAGCUUUGUCUGUGAAGCUCACUCCAGAAGAGAUGGCCGAGCUUGCAACCUUGGCGGAUGCCGUCAAGGGCGAUAGAUAUGGAAGUGGAGUAGCUACUUGGAAGCAGUCGGAAACUCCGGCACUCUCAUCAUGGAAAGAAGGAAAGAUAAAAUACAUAGGGCUAUCUGAGGCCUCUGCUUGGACGAUCCGGAGAGCACAUGCCAUUCACCCAAUAACUGCAGUACAGUUGGAGUGGUCCUUGUGGACAAGAGAUGUAGAGGAAGAAAUAGUUCCUACUUGUAGAGAGCUUGGCAUAGGUAUCGUUGCAUACAGCCCUCUGGGGAGUGGCUUCUUUUCAUCAGGGCCUAAAAUGAUUGAUAACUUGUCAGACGGGGACUUCCGAAAGUUUCUACCAAGAUUUCAAGCUGAGAAUGUGGAGCACAACGCCCGUAUAUUCAAGUGCGUAAAUGAAAUGGCGACGAAGAAGGGGUGCACACCUUCCCAGCUGGCAUUGGCUUGGGUCCACCACCAAGGAAGCGAUGUAUGCCCAAUACCGGGCACCACCAAGAUUGAAAACUUCAACCAGAACAUCGGAGCUUUGUCUGUGAAGCUCACUCCAGAAGAGAUGUCUGAGCUUGAAUCCUUCGCUUCAGCAGAUGCAGUAAAGGGCGAUAGAUACGGAGGUACAGUAUCUACUUGGACGGAGUCAGAGACUCCCGCUCUCUAUUCGUGGAAAGGUGAGUAAAUGAUCGCCGUCUCUGGCGCCUUUUCUGCUGUGGGUGUUUGACUUUUUGCUGUUUGAACCCUUAAUAGCAUAUGUCUCUAUGAAGGUUGUAUGAGUGGAUGAGCUACUGGAUGUUUGCUCUUCAUAUUAUCAUGUAUUAGUGGAGGAAAUGCCAAGUGCACUUGCAUAAUAAGGAGAUUGUGGUUUUUGUGGCAAA